UAAUAUGAGGACAGUCUGGAUGUGACAGCAUAAGGGAAAUGACAGAGGUGAAAUGAUCCUGAUGGAGGACACUGGGAUGCACCAGGAGCCCCCGGAGAACUUGGUGAAGAUCCCUUUAGAGGAGAUGGAAAGUUUCUACAGGUUCAUUGUUUCCUCUGAUGGGCUGAUCUAUGAGAUUAUGCAGCAGGAGAGCAGUCCUCUAUGUGCCGCAGACAUCAGCCCAGACCUCAGGAAACAGUUUGCCUUCUUGUCUGGUGGCCGAGGACAGAAUGGCAGCCCCAUCAUUAUUUUCCCAGAGUACCCGGCGUUCGGUGAGCUGGAGGAGCAGGAGUUUCACAAUGUGCUGACGUACCUGACCAGCAUUCCCAGUCUCAGCUCGACGGGGAUCGGCUUCAUCCUGGUCAUUGACCGCCGGCAAGACAGAUGGGCAUCAGUGAAGGGGACACUGCUGCGGAUCGCGGGCUCUUUCCCAGGCAACCUGCAGCUGGUGCUGGUACUGAGACCCACAACACUCUUCCAGCGCACAAUCUCGGACAUCUUAUUUAAGUUCAACAAAGAUGACUUUAAAAUGAAGGUGCCGGUGAUCAUGCUCAGCUCUGUGACUGAGCUCCACAGUUACAUCGACCGCACUCAGCUCACUCAGGAACUGGGCGGCACACAGGAAUACUGCCAUGAGAAGUGGAUUUCACACCGCACGGCCAUUGAGGGUUUUGCUCUGAUGGUGAAGAAAACAGCACAGACUCUGCAGUCUUUCGGGACAGAGCUGGCGGAGACUGAACUGCCUAAUGAUGUUGAGGCCACAUCCAACCUUCUAACCGUCCACACAGAGAAGAAGGACAAAAUGAAGGAGGACCUCAGGAUCGCUCUCUGUCAGGGAGGACGAUUGCUGGAGAGUAUCAAUGAGCCGCUGGUGAAAGAUCCAGAUUACAGCAUGAACCACGAUGAACUGGAGAACCUGGCUACUGUUCAGAGGUUGCUCGGUCAGCUAGAUGAGACUGAAACGGCAUUUGAUGAUUUCUGGGAUAAACAUCAGACCAAGCUGGAGCAAUGUCUGCAACUGCGGCACUUUGAGCAGAACUUCCGGGAGGUUAGAGCUCACCUAGACCUAGUUUACGACCGACUAUCAGGAUUCUCAGAAGUAGGAAUAAGCCCCGCCCACGCUGAACACAUCCUCAAAGAACUGACCAAUCACGAAGAGAGAGCAUGCGAGGUGAUGGACCAGGCCCUGUCUCUCGCAAGUGAUGCAGAUCAGCUGAUUGAAGCGUCUCAUUAUGCUGUGGACUCCAUCCUGCCCAAAUGCUCUGAGCUGCGCUCUGUGUGUGAGGAGAUCAGCACCAUCCUGAGGGCCAAGAAAGCCUAUUUGUUCAAAUCCGUAGAGCUUCACCAGUGUCUGGAGAAGGCCACUAAAUGGUGUGAUGAUGGAAUCUUCCUGCUGGCGUCUCAGCCUGUGGAUAAGUGUCAGUCACAGGAUGGGGCGGAGUCAGCGCUGCAAGAGAUUGAGCGAUACAUGGAUACAGCCAAUCAGCACAAGCUAACAGAUUUGAAUGGAAUAUGGAGGGACUAUGAUUCCGUGCUCACACAAGACUUCAGGGAUCAGGUAGACAAAGUGUUUCAGAAGCAGCUGUCCAUGCAGGAAAUGUUUGAGAAGAGAAGGGUCAGUCUGAAGAAGCUAGCAGCUAAACAAACUCGACCCGUGCAGCCCGUCGCUCCACGUCCUGAAGCCAUCAUCAAAACGCCCGUCUCAUCUCCAGCUCAUAGAGAGAAGUCUAUAGAGGGCGACGUCAUCAAUGGAAACUGCAAAAAAGGAGAGCUGCAUUUACAGAACGAGGGCAGCAGCAGACACCCGUCGGUCUCUGACGAAGAGGAGAACUUCGCUGUGCUCAGACGGCACGUGAUGAACGAGCUGCUGGAGACAGAGAGAGCAUAUGUGGAGGAGCUGCUGUGUGUGCUCGAGGGUUAUGCAGCAGAAAUGGACAAUCCUGCCAUGUUUCCCCUCAUCCCCAACACAUUGCUUCACAAAAAGGACAUCCUCUUCGGAAACAUGCCUGAGAUCUACCAGUUCCACAAGAAGACUUUUCUUCGUGAACUGGAGGCCUACACAGACUAUCCUGAGCUUGUGGGCCAGUGUUUCUUGGAAAGAAUGACAGAUCUGCAGAUCUAUGAGAAGUACUGUCAAAACAAACCUCGCUCCGAGUCUUUAUGGAGACAGUGCUCUGACUGCGCUUUCUUCCAGGAGUGUCAAAAGAAACUGGAACAUAAGCUUGGUCUGGACUCAUACCUGCUCAAACCUGUGCAGAGAAUAACCAAAUAUCAGCUCCUACUGAAGGAGCUGCUGAAGUACAGUAAAGGCUGUGAGGGUGAGGAGGACCUACAGGAGGCACUCUCAUCCAUUCUUGGCAUCCUGAAAGCUGUGAACGACUCUAUGCACCUCAUUGCCAUCACUGGAUACGAAGGUAACCUCAGUGAUCUGGGCCGUCUGAUGAUGCAGGGCUCCUUCAGCGUGUGGACGGAGCAUAAGAAGGGCCACGCCAAAGUAAAAGACCUGGCGCGAUUCAAGCCCAUGCAGAGACACCUGUUCCUGCACGAGAAAGCUCUGCUCUUCUGUAAGAAACGAGAGGAGAACGGGGAGGGUUAUGAGAAAGCCCCGUCAUACAGCUUCAAACACUCACUCAGUAUGAGUGCUGUAGGUAUUACAGAGAAUGCCAAAGGAGACAACAAAAAGUUUGAGAUCUGGUGUAAUUCUCGAGAGGAGGUGUAUAUUGUACAGGCACCGACACCAGAGAUCAAAACAGCAUGGGUGAAUGAGAUCCGAAAGGUUCUAACUGGGCAGCUAAAGGCCUGCAGAGAGGCGAGCCAGCAGAAAAGCUCCGAUCAGAUCUCCCCAUUAACUCCCAGCAGCACCGGCCUGACCCUGAGCCCCUUCAAAACCAACCCAAAGAGCCUGAGAAAAGGAGACGAGAAGAAAACCGAACCCACGACGACAGAUCCCAGUUCAGCCACCUUGCUCAAAAACAACGACAAGCUCAAAGAUGAGACUGUCGUCAGUCCCAACACUGAGAGAGCUGCAGUGGCUAAAAAACGCUUUACACUGCAGGGCUUCAGUAACCUCAAGAGUCAAAAAGGAUCAUCCCCCCCUAGUCCCGACCACAAAACUAAAAGACAGAGUGAUCCUACACCGUUUGGCUUCAGAGACGCAGGUCCUCACAUCACUCUCACCCGAGUGAGAUGGCUGAGCACUUCUAGCCUGUUGCAGACUAAACGCAGAGGCUUCACCAAGGCGUCGCUUUCUAUGGAUGCGUCUGAAGAAAACGACGGAUACUCGAGUGCCGAGGACCCCAUGAACUCUGAUCCUGAGGAUGAGGGGGGGAAGAAACUGUCUCCAGGCAAGUACGUGGUGGUUGCUGACCAUGACAAAAGCGGCCCACAGGAGCUGACGGUCAAGAGCGGAGACACAGUGGAGCUGGUCCGAGAGGGAGACGAUGGACGGUGGUUUGUUCGUAACCUGCGGACCAGUAAAGAGGGCUGGGUUCCUGCUGCAAACCUGCUCACGCUCAUCGGAGAGUCCAAAUCUUCUCAGUCUCUCUCCAGCUCAGAAGGCAGUGGGUCUGGAAACCUUAGCACAUCGUCCAGCUGCAGUGAAACCUACACAAGCUUCUCGGACAUUAAAGCCUGAUGUUAAAGCUCCUGCUCCUGGCUCCUGGCAGCUCUACACACUGCACUUUCUACUCGAGCUCUAGUCUCUGUACUGUAUUUAAUCUCCUCGCCAGAGAAAGAUUGGCCGUCUAUACGCGCCAUUCAGGAUAUUUUAUACCGAGCGCCUCUUGUUCACAAGCUUCUCUCCUUCAUAAGAGAGAGAAGAAGGAAACUGUGAUUCAGUGUUUGCUGUUCCCAUUCAAUCUCUCCUUUCCUUUGAAAGUAUCAUUGUGAUGCUGUUUGUUUGGCAUCUGCAUGCAUUUCCUCAAAGAUUCAAAGGGUUUUUGGUGGAGUCGGCAUUAACAUCAGAGUAGCCUGCGGUUUUUAACUGUACAUUACGAGGACUUUAAAUGUACGAUCACAUGAGCUUCCACUGGUUUCAUUGAUCUUGCGUUGAGAAUUGAUCAGGAGCAUCUGACUUUGCUGUAGCAGCAAGACAAUGAGAUGUUGUUUUAUAUAUACACACACACGAUUCUCUGAGGUUAUGACAAAGUCCUGUUUGUGUAUUGAUCGAAAAACAGCUGUAUAGUUUAAAUUAUUUCCUGUAAAAGAAGAUUUGUACAGAAAUUAACUUUUAUCUCAUGUUUUUUCAUUAAAACAGUAUAUAAAUAUAUACAUAUUGUAUAUUACGACCACUAUUGAUCAAUUGUUGAGUCGUUGUAUUUGUCACUUUACCGUUCUGCAGCAUUCACCAACGAUUUUAUAACAACAAAUAACAUACCCUUUGUGUUCACGUUUUAUGUCAUUUAUUUUCCUGUAUGUCACAACAGAUCGGUCGGUUUAAAGUCUGGAAAAUGAUCAUUGUAACCAGCAGUCAACAUCCGUAAGGUCAGAAUCUUUUGUGUUACUAUUAACUAACUAAUUAAGUUAGCGAAAUAAAGCCAUGGUUGUUGACCCACAGUACUCACGUAAAUAUUCACGUCCCCGUAACUUGUACUCUUUCGUUUCAAUGUUUUCAGCAAUAUUAAAAUGUCACUGUUGGGUUCUGUCUUCAUCUUGUGUGGCACAUUGCUGCAUGUUAGUUUCAUUUCUCCGUGUUGUCAUUGCAAUAUUUUCUCUGUGUAUAUGUGUAAAUAUGUAUCUAAGAGGUUGUAUGAGAUGAAUGAAUUUAAAGUGCUUAGGCUUAAAUAAACUUCACUGAAACAUU